AUGAGCAACUAUUUCGCCGCCACGUUAUGUACAUCGCGACAGGUUCCGGUGCGAGCGCGAUGGCGGCCUUUCUAUAUGUGUAGCCGCCGUCUUAGUACUACUUCCAAUCCUGCUCUUUUCCGACUUCUUGAGGAUGGUACAGAGCAACCAAUCACAGAAGACGACUUGUUCAGAUAUCAACGACAUCGCUGGUUACGCAACGAUGCCAAAGAGCAGGAUGUACGAUAUCGACCCUUUAAUCUCGCGGCAUUGAUAGAGCGGGCUCUCAAAGCCAAGAGAGGACGUAUUGAUGGCCAAAAAUGUAUCAAAAUACUAAAACUUGUUGAAGGAGACCACAACAAAGUUUUCCUCUUGACAAUGAGCGAUGGAGAUGAGCUAAUCGCAAGAUUACCAAAUCCAAAUGCUGGUAGCAAUUACUUCACUGUGGCAUCAGAGGUAGCUACUCGACGAUUUAUCAAAAGUACUUGCAAUGUUCCAAUGCCUACGGUGUGGGACUGGGAUUUCCGUGGCCGCAAUACCGUGGGAGCGGAUUGGAUUAUUGAAGCAAAGGCCGCCGGAGAACCACUCCGUAACCACUGGUUUAACAUGAGUCGCCGAGCUCAAUUGAAAAUUGUUGAGCAAGUUGUUCACCUAGAGUCCGAGUUAACGCGUCUGAAAUUCUCGAGUCACGGCAGCCUCUAUAUGGAACGCUGGUUAUCGACGAAGCGGUUAUUCUGUACCAAACUGAGCUCGCCGAACGCCAUUUUGAACAGGGAUGAUGCUUUAAAAUUGCGCUCAAAGCAGUUUUAUGGUCAAUACGCCAUCGGAUCUUCGACAGACCGGAAGCUUUAUCGGGGUCCUGGUGAUCUUUCGAAACAGUUUCGAGGUCCUUUCACCGACCUCCUUCACUAUGCUAAAGCUCUAUCAAGAAACGAGAGAAGAUACAUGUUAAACAGUCCUUGGGCCAAAGAAAACUAUAUUACAUCAAUGAAAAUUCAGCAAGAUCCUUCUGAGUACGUGAAAUUGAUCCUCAAAUACGCUGCCCUGCAAGAGCAGUUGAUUCAACCGGAGUUCGAAAAUGACCCAUGUACAAUUUCUCACCCGAAUCUCAGUCUGGAUAAUAUAUUCAUUGAUCCAAAGACGGAAAAGAUUGCCAGUUUGACAGGAUGGCAAUCUACAGUGGUAUCCCCACCAUUACUGAAACGCCCAUAUCCCCCUUUUUUGGAUUCGGAAUUCCAAACGAUAUCGGAUGACAGAAUGCAACCUUUGCCAAAAGAGCGGUAUCGUGAACUUGUCAAGGAAUCGGAUCCUCUCCGCUAUGAACGCAUAUUUAGCGAUCCGCAAGAGUACGAACUUCUAAUUGGCCCAAUAUCAAAUAUAUUUGGGGCAUGGAAUAGACGCGGUUUAUUCGAUUUACGUGAAUCUCUUAUUGCUACCCGCAAGUCGAAAAAAGUAUCCACAGAGUCCAUACCGAAGUUAGGCCAGUUCAGUCCUCAGGAACUGCAAAACCACGCCAAAGAGAAGUACGCUCGACAAGAGCUUGAUUUGCUUUUUAAUAUGAUUCAAAGCGUACAAGAGAAUGUUCAAAUACCUCGUGAUGGUCGUGUCAGAUCGGAGGAAUUCGAGCGUGCGCAAGAACUGAGCGAAGAAUAUCGGCAACAGUACCUCAGUUUAGCCGAAGGGGAUGAGAAUCGCAAGGCAUUACAUGAGAAGACUUGGCCGUUCGAUUCUCCGUCCGAAGGAGACGUGGAAACAGAUCCAAGUGACACUUUUCAGUUGAGAAAACAUCUUCGUGAACCCCGGCUCAUUCGGAGAAUAUUCGUUAACUAGACAAGGGACAUUAUUGUAUAAAUACUAAA